AUGCGAGGGACCGAACAAAAUCUGUUAAUUUUUAUUAGUUUAACUAGUACGUUGGCUGCAGCUGGACCCGCGCCGAUUGAAGAUGAAGAUGAUAAUCUCCUUUUACCUGGAUCAAGUUGUGAGGAAUCGCCUCCUUGUCCAGAUGGAAAAAUAUGCGAGAUGAUAGAACCGCCAUGUUAUACUAGGGUCUGUGACUCUGACUUAGUGCCUGCGUGUGUCUACACAGUCUUUGGACCAAAGCCAGUAUCAGAUGAAGAAGUGUACAUUCGUUUGCCUGGCCAAAGUUGUGAUGAUGCUCCGCCCUGUCCAGACGACAGAACUUGUAUAAUGGAGGCACCAAAGUGUUAUUCUAGACGAUGUGAGAAUGAUCCUGCGGUUUCACAAUCAACAUUGACAGACCCAAAAAUGUUCAAAUGGAUUAUCAUUGGCCUCCUCGUGGUGUUGACAGCGGCAGAUGAUGAUACUGAAUACAUUCACUUACCAGGUAAAACUUGUGAAGAUGCUCCUCCGUGCCCUGACGGCACGCCUUGCGUAAUGGCCCCUCCAAUGUGCAACAAGGGAACUUGUGGGACUGACCCUGUACCUUCGUGCCGAGCGUAA